AUGAUUUCCAAGGAGCUCAAGUGGGACAAUCCCAAAAUAGCCCUGGCAGUCAAUCACUUCCCACGGUACCUGAAAAAAUUCAAGCCGUCUCAGAAGCUGCUGGUCCAGUUCUACAGUCUAACUGAAUCUGUCUUCCCACCAUGCACUGUCGUCUGGUUUGGCCCCUGCCUCAAUACGUGUAAUUGUAAACUACAGCACUUUAUGCGGUGUGCUGAGAAGAUCACCCGACGCCAGCUCCACCCAGCUGCUGAUCUGUGCUACUUAAGGACAAGCAAAACGGCAGGGAGAAUCGUGGCGGACACACCACACCCUCAUAUGCCUCCCCUCAGGAAGGAGGCUGGGGGAAAAACCCGAGGAUAUAUCGGUGAAGAGACUAAUGAGGGUGUCAAGGUGCCACCAAUGGCUGAGAUGGUGCUGACGGGUCAUCUGACCACAGUCUUCCUUCCCAUUGUCUAUAUUGUUGUGUUUGCGGUAGGUCUGCCUACCAAUGCCAUGGCCAUUUGGGUCUUCCUCUUCAGGACAAAGAAGAAACACCCAGGUUCCAUUUUCAUGGCCAACCUGGCUUUGUCAGACCUACUGUUUGUUGUCUGGAUCCCUCUUAAAAUCGCUUACCACUUCAACAAGAAUAACUGGAUCUAUGGUGAGGCACUCUGUAAAGUCUUGGUGGCCUUUUUCUAUGGGAACAUGUACUGCUCUGCCAUUUUUAUCGCUUGUAUUAGUGUGCAGAGGUACUGGGCUGUUGUCCACCCCCUCUCUCAUCGUCGAAGGGAUAACAAAAUUGCCAUCGGCAUCUCCGUCUCAGUGUGGUUGGUGGUUUGGCUUCUCACUAUCCCUCUCUACUCAUAUGAUCAAACAGUUAGAGCUACCAAUCUGGAUAUCCUCACUUGUCAUGACAUUACCAGGACCAGCCAAGCAAAAAUUCCAGCUGGAUACUUUCUGACCAUGGGGAUUUUGGGGUUUGUAAUCCCUGCUGUUGUCUGUGUGGUGGCAUACAUCCAGAUGCUGAAGUCCCUCAGGUGCUCCAUGACAACCGAAGACAUCAGUAAGAAGCGUCAGAAGGCAGUGAUUCUCAUCAUUACAGUUCUGGUGAUGUUCCUGUUGUGUUUUGCACCUAGUAACAUUAUGCUUUUUGUACACUACUCACUCCUGCUGAACAAUGUGAAGAAUAAUGCUUAUGGGUUUUAUAUCACUACUCUGUGUCUGGCUAGUCUAAACAGCUGUGUGGAUCCAUUUGUGUAUUACUUCAUCUCGGAAGACUUCAGGGACCAUGUGAAGAACAUGCUGAAAUGUCGUAGCGAACGCACAGCAGAGAGGAUGAGGGUUUCCUUCAGUGCUUUGAAAUACUCAAAGAAGACCAGUACCUAUACAUCUGAUUCUAACAACACUCAGAGCAGCUCCUGCUAA